AUGGCAGUUGGCGAUAUCGAUGCUGCCAGCACGGCCUUCAUGAUGGUGUGCAUGGCGUUGGUGCAGCUCAUGACGCCGGGCUUGGCAUUUUUCUAUGGAGGUUUGGUCAAAGACACGAGCGUUCUCACCAUGAUGAUGCAAAGCUUUGUCUCAAUGGGGGUUGCCAGCAUCAUUUGGUUCCUGUUUGGCUUUUCCUUGUGCUUCGGGGAAAGUCUCUACGUCAUCGGCAAUCCCUUCUCGUACUUUGGCCUCCAGGGGCUGAACGUGAACGAGGCCCUUCCGGACAUGUCCAUUCCGGGCCUUUUGUUUGCUGGAUACCAAGGCAUGUUUGCCGUCAUCACGCCCGCGCUCAUGACCGGUGCAUUUGCAGAUCGCUUCCGCUUCAAGCCAUACUUGGCAUUCAUUGCCCUGUGGCUUGUGUUUGUCUAUGCUCCCUGGUGCCACUGGGUGUGGGGAGGAGGAUGGCUUGCACAGUGGGGUGUCAAGGACUUUGCCGGAGGCAUUGUGGUUCAUGUCACGGCGGGGUUCUCUGCCUUGGCCAGCCUCAUUGUUGUUGGGAAGCGCCACGUCUCAGAAGAGGACCUGGAGGACCACGACCGGCCUCACAACGUGCCGUUUGUGGCGCUUGGCACUGCAAUGCUCUGGUUUGGGUGGUUCGGCUUCAAUGCUGGAUCUGCACUGGCUACUGGGUCGGUGGCAGUCGGUGCAGCCGUGAACUCCGAGAUUUCAGCUUCUGUGGCUUUGUUCCUGUGGCUCCUCAUUGACUGGGUUCGCCUCGGGCGUCCUGGCUUGGUUGGCCUCUGUGUGGGUGCCAUCGCUGGCCUUGCCACGAUCACGCCCGCUGCUGGCUUCAUCCAGCCAUGGGGAGCUUUCAUACUCGGCAUUGUCGCGACUUUCUUCUGCUAUGCCUGCUGUGAGCUUCGAAAGCGGUUGGGCUUCGACGAUGCUCUCGAUGUGUGGGGCGUCCAUGGCAUGGGUGGUUUCAUGGGCACCGUCCUGCUGGGCGUCCUUGCUGAUCCCGAAGAGUGUGGUGCCGUGGAAGCCGCACCGAACUACUGUGUGAACCCUGGCCAGGUGACGGCCAGCAUUGAGCAGGUUGGAAAGCAGCUGGCGGCGGCUCUGCUCGCUGCGGUCUACUCGGUCGUCGUGACGCUACUGCUCUUGAAGGCACUCAACGUCUGUAUGCCCUUGAAGCCGAACAACAUUGGAGGACUCGACCUCACCGAGCAUGGUGAAAUGGCAUACCACAGUCCAGUGCGCCAGUACAUCCAAGAGCCCAAGAAAGGAGGAUCGGAAAGCGAGUCGGUGGUUUGA